AUGCAGGAACUAGAUACAAACCAUGAUCACCACAAGCUACCGCGUCUCUACCACCUCGACAACUACGACCGAUGUCUCUCGCAGCCGGAAGGGCUCUACUGCCUGGGCACCUUUCGCCUCUCGGCUGAGAAACCCAACAGCGCUUAUAGAUUCCUCAAAGAAUAUUCCUCCGAGCCUCGUCAUUUCGAUCGGACCCUGCUUCACCGCGGGUACUGUCUCUCUUCCCGCUGUCCCUCCUCUGAACGCAACGCCACGCGCCGCUUCGAGCGCUGCGUCGAGACCCACGCCCUGGAGCCCGGUCUCAACGCGACCGUCCAGACCUACCACUGCAUAACGCCAGGCCAAAAUGAGGAGACAGAUAUACCUCAACGCAUUUUUCUCAUCGUUGUCUACGUUAUACUGUGUCUGAAUGCGGUUGGAACGCUGUAUGAUUACGUCGCUCAGGGUCAAGGAAAAAACAAGUUCCUAAUGGCGUGGUCGAUGCGAGCUAACUGGCAGAGAAUGACCACUUUGCACGAAGACAUCGACCCGCGGCUCGCAGCGCUGGCACCACUGCAGGGGAUCAGAGUGUUGCUGUUGUCUUUGGUGAUGUUGGUGCACUCAUCAGACAUCCUUCAUAAAGUUUACCUCUACAACCCGGAGUUUUUUGAACAAGUCCUUCAACACCCUGCAACGAUGCUGAUAAGAAAUGGAUCAUCCCUAGUGCAGUCCUUCGUCGUGCUCUCGAACUUUCUCUUCGCGUACAGCCUCCUGCUGCACUCGAAGCAGAGGCAGUUCAAAUAUAAGCAUUUUCCCCUGUUUGUCUUGCACAGGAUGGCUAGGUUGACCCCAGUGCAUCUGCUGGCGGUGGGGUACGCAGCGACAUGGUGGGCGCGCAGUGGCUCGGGCCCGCAGUGGGACGCCACCGUGGGUGCAGAAAGCCUCGUCUGCCGCAAGAAAUUCUGGGCGCACGCCUUCUAUCUUCACAACUUUGUGCAAUCAGAUGAACACUGCCUUCUACAGACUUGGUUUUUGGCGGUUGACAUGCAACUAUACAUAUUAGCGUCAAUAUUGAUGCUAUAUCUGCUACAGAGGAAGAAGAACCCAAUUCCUCUACUGAUUCUGCUUUUCUUCUUGUCGUGCUUGCUGAACGCUGGACUGGCGUAUAUCAACGAAUGGAAAUCAUUACUGUACAUUAUGGUACCAGAAAACGUCCGCACCACAUUCCGCGGGAUUCCCUCGUUCAACCAGUUCUAUAUCGCGCCGUGGGGCAGCCUGCCCGCUUGCAUCAUCGGCUUGCUCACCGCGCACAUACACUACUACAUGCAGGAAAACGGUUACAAAGUGAACAAACACAAGUGGUUCGUGUGGCUGGCGCACGCGUCGGUGCCGCUGCACGUGGCGUGGGUGCUGGCCGGGCUCGCCAUGCCGCGCCGCGCCGCGCGCGCCGCCGCCGCCGCGCACGUGGCGCUCGAGCGCCCGGUCUACGCGCUGCUCGGCGCCGUCACCCUGCUGGGCUUCGCCAACAACGUUGACAUUGAGCCUGAUGCUUCACCACAUAUAUCUGGUAAACUCAGAACUACACUGCCCGUUCCAGACUGGUUCCACCGGCUGACGGCGUGGCGCGGCUGGGCGCUGCUGGCGCGCGUGUCGCUGGCCGUGCUGCUGCUGCACUGGCUCGUCAACAUGCGCCUCGCCGCCGCCAGGCACACGCUCUCCGAGCUCUCCGUCUUCUCCAUCGGUGCUGAUCUGUUGUCGACGGCUUGGUGGACGUGCUUGGGGGCAAUACCAGUGACGUUGCUGGUAGAAUCGCCAAUGAAGCAAUCCUUCAACGCGCUGCUCACCUACUACCUGUGA